AUAUAUUUCCGCACACUGCUUUUGCUUUCUCCAAAGAAACAGGUUAAGCUCAUUGGUCAUCAGAGCUCUCUCACAAAAGCCGCGUGGUAUUGCUUCCUCUACAACAUGAAGCAAAAAAUAGUUAUCAAGGUGCAAAUGCCCUGUGACAAAUGCAGAAGCAAGGCCAUGAAGAUUGCCUCAAAAGCAAAUGGUGUGAACUCGGUGGCAAUAGAAGGGUCUGAUAGAGAUCAGUUAGUGGUGAUUGGUGAAGGUGUUGACUCUGCUAACUUGACCUGCUCGUUAAGGAAGAAGCUUUGCUAUGCCACUUUGCGGAGCGUGGAAGAAGUGAAGGACGAACAAAAUGAACCAGAAGGUCCAGAACAGAACCCAAAUCCGGAACCAAUUUCUACAGACUGUCCUCAGUUACCCAAGUGCCCUCAGUAUCCACCAUAUCCCGUGACAUAUGAAGUGAAAGUCUAUGAUUAUACUCCGAAUCCAAGUUACUGCCCCAUCAUGUGAUCUGAGGUAUUCUGAAACAACAAGUUUAGGGGACAACAAUUUUCACAUCAACUAUUAGGACAUGUUUGUGAUUUAUGUACAAUAAAAAUAGUAUCACUAGUGAAUCUAGACCAAUGAUAAUUACAAAAUGCCAA